AUGAUAAUAGCACUAUUUAAAAUGGCUGAUUUAAAUACAGUAGUUGAAGAUGUUCCUGCUGAAGCUUCCGGUUCAGAAAAACGUAGUUCAAAACCACGUGUCUCUGUACCUCGUAAUCAAAACUUACCCGGCACUAGUGGUUUUGGUGUAAAUGCUGCAGCUGCAGCUGCACGAGCUCGUCGUCAAUCAUCUCGUACUUCAAUUCCUCGUGCUGGAUUUGAUCGUCGACUUAUUCGAUAUGAAAAUACAUAUCGAAUGGAACCUGAUGAUGAUCAUAAAGUUGAUAUAGCUCGAUUACGUCGUGUUGCAACAAGUGUUAUUGAAACAGCUAUAUCUGGUUAUAAAUAUGAUCCAAAUCAAGGAAAACAAUUUUCUUUAGCCUUAGCUGAACGUAUACGUGGUCAAAUAAAACAAUUACCAUUUCAACGUUAUAAACUUGUUGUACAAGUAACUAUUGGAGAAAAGAAAGGUCAAGAUUUACGUGUAGCUAGUCGAUGUAUAUGGGAUGUAAAAUGGGACCGUCAUUUAACAAUUUCGAAAGAAACAUCAGAUGCUUAUGUAACUGUAACAAUUUUUCUUGUUUAUACAGACUAA